AGAGUUCUAAGGAUCAGAAGAUCUACCUCUCCUGAACAAUGGAAACAUGUACCUACACAUCUCAACCCUGCGGACCUAGCAACUAGAUCCGUCGCUGCUGACCAUCUCAAGGAUACAAUUUGGUUUACAGGCCCCACCUUUUUGUAUAAGCCGAUGCCCAACACAACAGAAACUGCCAUGUUUGAACUAGUAGACCCGCAUACCGAUGUUGAGAUACGUCCUCAGGUGUCUGCGCUACAUACAGAGACUUUGGACCACGACCUGAAAUCCCACAGAUUCAAUAGGUUUUCUACUUGGAUAUCUCUUGUCCAUGCCAUCACUUGUCUGACUCAUAUUGUUCGGUCGUACAAAGCGACCUCAUCGGCAGAUAAAAAUACCUGUAGAGGCUGGCAUCAUUGUAAACGUGUCUACACAGCUCUUGAGCUAGAGCGAUCAAGGAAUGUAAUCAUCCGAGCUGUACAGCGUGAAACCUAUGCAACGGAAAUCGACUGUAUAGUCAGCCAAAGAUCCGUGCCCAAAGGAAGUGUUUUAAGGAAACUUGACCCAGUGAUUGACGAAGAUGGGCUCUUGAGAGUAGGUGGACGUCUUAGGGAAGCCAAUGUGGACCUAAAAGAGAAACACCCUGUGAUAGUUCCUGGACAGCAUCAUAUAGCCACUCUGCUCGUGCAACACCACCAUGAACAGACAAAGCACCAAGGUCGGCUGUUCACAGAAGGAGCUCUAAGAGUGGCUGGACUGUGGAUUGUUGGAGCUAAAAGAUGUGUAUGCAGAUUCAUAUUUAAAUGUGUUACCUGUCGGAAACUUCGUGGUAUGUCGCAACCACCGAAGAUGGCAAACCUCCCGUAUGACCGACUAAGUACGGAUCCACCCUUCACUAAUGUUGGCUUAGACGUGUUUGGUCCUUGGCCUGUUGUUGUCCGUCAAACCAGAGGAGGCCGUGCGCAUGGAAAACGUUGGGCGAUUAUGUUCACCUGUCUGUCCAUCAGAGCUGUCCAUAUUGAAGUAAUUGAAUCGAUGGAUACUCCCUGUUUCAUUAAUGCUUUCCGACGUUUCAUCGCCAUCAGGGGACCUGUCAAACACAUUCGUUCUGACCGAGGCACAAACUUCGUCGGAGCAGCGAGAGAACUACAACUCUCUUCCAACUUAGAUGUCAACAACAUAGAAAGAUACCUCAGUGAGCGAGGCUGCACUUGGACCUUCAACCCACCACACUCUUCACACAUGGGAGGUGCUUGGGAGAGGAUGAUAGGCAUCGCACGGAGAAUCCUUGACUCAAUCUUCUUACAAGAAGGAUCUUCAAAGUUGACUCAUGAAAGCCUGACUACCUUCAUGGCGGAAGUAUCGGCUAUCAUAAAUGCUAGACCGCUAACUUCGAUUUCUAGCGAUCCUGAUGACCCAACAGUUCUUACACCUGCCACACUGCUUACACAAAAGACUGAACAAAUUUGUGCUCCUCCUGGAGAAUUUAAUUCCAAAGAUCUUUACAGAAAUCGAUGGAGACAAGUACAGAGUCUCUCAAACUCGUUCUGGGAUAAGUGGAAAAAGCAAUACAUUCCCACUCUGCAACCAAGGAGAAAGUGGCAAACCAGCAAGCCUAACCUCCAGCCCGGCGAUGUAGUCCUAAUGAAAGACUGCCAGUCACGAAGAAACGAGUGGCCGUUAGGUCUUGUGACUAAGACAUUCCCAAGUAAGGACGGAAUUACACGUAAAGUAGAACUGAAAAUACGCAGACAGGGAGAAACCAAAUUGUUUCUCAGACCAGUAGGAGAACUCGUUCUACUGUUUACACCCAACGAAUACAAUAAUGACGUCGGUUGACGUCAAGCGGGGAGUGUUCUGUCCCUAGAUACAGGUCCAGUUGUUUGUAUGUUAUUAGUUGACAUUGCAUUCUUUUUACCUGUCUUAUAAUUCAUUUACUUUAUUAUUGUGUGGCAACAGCACCAUCUACUGACCAGUUCAGAAUUGCAUUUAGUCUCGUUUUUGCAAUGUAUUGUGGGAGCCUCCAGAGGUAUUGUGGGAACUUCCUGCUUCUUCUCCUCAGUCCUGUCUUAUACAGCAUGCAGUCACCAUCUUGUCUCAGGAGCCUAAUCCUCAUCCCUUGGUUCCUACCUCAUCAGCCAGUUAUUGAGCCUGUUUUCAAGCAUAGUCGUUUCACCGCUUUCCUGUCAUUCUACUAUCAAUAAAAGAGGAAGUUAAAGCAGUACAAUUUCUUCUCUUCAUGAAUACGGGAUCGG